CGUUUAAAGCGUAAGGUUCGAUAACUCUUAAAAAAUAGAAACGAAAAUACUACACGGUUUUAAAAAACAAACAAACAAAUUUGAAAAUUAAUUAAAAAACUAAAAAAACGAAAUAUAAAAAGAAACAAAUUAAAAACAUCAAUUAAUACGUUUUGAAAAAUAAUAAUAAAUAAAAGCUUUUCAAUUAUGGAAUCAUAUUUAACGGAAAUUAAACAAUUGCGCAUACCCCGCCCCAAAUACGAACCCAGUGGUAAUAGUCCACCACGCAGUGAUUAUUAUCCACUGGCCAGGCCGUUUACCCCACCACGUGAUUAUCAGUUAUCGUCAAACGAUACAAUAUUGGCCACACACCAGCGCUCCUAUCAGGAGGGUGGCGAGGAUUUUCGACCAUCAUUGCAUCAGAAAUUUAAUUAAAUUUAUAUAAAAUAGUUAAAUUACUUAAGUGCUCAUAAUAAUAUAAACAAAUAGCUCUUAGUUUUUAAUGACCAGAUAAAUAUUAUUCUUAUUCUUAUUAUUUUUUUAAUUUUAAUUUUAAGUUGGUUUCUUUUAAGUGUAUUGUAUUUUCUUUAAACUCUGUAGAACUUUUAAACUAAUUAAUGUAUAUGUAUUUCAUUUUUAAAAUUAAAUAAAUAAAUUUAUGAUUUUAUAAUGUUAACAAACAAAUAAA